AAGACAUCAAGGGAUGUGGAUAGCAAAAGCCCAUCUAGAAAAAGAUCUGUGCGCACUAGUUGCUGUGCAUCACGUUGGAAAGGCUGUCUUUAUAAUAUGAACAUAUCUCCCAGAGUCUACGCCUAAUUGGGACACCUUACUAUUGGAUUUUACUUUGCCUUUGAUAAGCCUACCGUCCAAGAGACAAACAUGUAAACAGAACAAAACAUCUUAAUAAACUUUGCAAUAAUGGGAAAUAAUAAACAAAUGAACAAGGAACAGAUGAGGAGCCAACCAGUCACUUCACCGAUGUCUGGUACUGGAUAAUAAGCAGUGUUUUUAGGAUCCAGGUGAAACACACUAUGCAAACAGAGCGACGGAGCAUCGUAUAGUUCCAACAUUUUCGUUUCACAAAAGUACACAGAACAACGUAGAAAACGGAGUUGUGUAAGGUGGCGGGUUUACGCAUGAAUGAUGGAGGACCUUCUGCGAGACCAAGACUUGUGGGCAAUUAUAAAUGAUUCAUGGACCAAUUCGAGUCGCGGUGGAAACGAGACCAGUACUGGGAACCAGUCCAUCGUGAACCCCUUGAAGCGGAACGAGGAGGUGGCCAAAGUGGAGGUGACCGUUCUUGUCCUAGUUCUGCUGCUCGCGUUGGUCGGUAACAUUUGCGUCCUUUUGGCUAGCCAUACGAGCAAGCACAGCCAUUCUCGGAUGUAUUACUUCAUGAAACACCUCAGUAUUGCGGACUUGGUGGUGGCAAUCUUUCAGGUCCUCCCGCAGCUUAUAUGGGACAUUACAUUCCGCUUCUACGGGCCGGACUUACUGUGCAGGCUGGUGAAGUACCUACAGGUUGUCGGGAUGUUCGGGUCGACCUACAUGCUUGUUCUAAUGUCCAUAGACAGAUGUUUGGCGAUAUGUCAGCCGCUUCGCUCUCUGCACAAGAGGAAGGACCGUUUUUAUGUGAUUGCCUCUUGGAUGCUUAGUCUGAUUUUCAGUACCCCUCAAGUGUAUAUAUUUUCGUUGAGGGAGGUGGGCAACGGAGUUUAUGAUUGUUGGGGAGACUUCGUGCAACCCUGGGGCGCCAAGGCGUACAUUACAUGGAUUAGUCUUACAAUCUACAUAAUUCCAGUGGCUAUCCUAAGUCUUUGCUAUGGCCUGAUAAGUUUUAAAAUAUGGCAAAACUUUAAAAUGAAAACCAGACGGGAUCAGUGUAUGUCUCUGACGCCGCGGGAGUACAAAGGCGCAGCGCUCUCUCGAGUGAGCAGCGUGAAGCUCAUAUCAAAAGCGAAGAUCCGAACUGUCAAAAUGACUUUUGUCAUAGUCCUAGCUUAUAUUGUUUGCUGGACUCCUUUUUUCUUCGUACAAAUGUGGUCGGCAUGGGAUCCUGCUGCACCCAGAGAAGAUGUGGCGUUUAUCAUUGCCAUGCUACUGGCCAGCCUGAACAGCUGCUGUAACCCAUGGAUCUAUAUGUUCUUCGCUGGCCACCUGUUUCACGACCUGAUGAGGUGCUUUGUCUGCUGCUCCUCACAGUACCUGAAGGCCUCACGGUGUGGAGGAUUUGACCACCAGCAGAGCCGCAGGAGCAUUUCCACCUACGUCGUCAAGGACCAUAGCAGUCAGAGGAGCGUCACUCAGACCUCCAGCACAUGAGGAGUGAGGACCAGGGAGGAGAUGAGUUGGGGUGAGACAGAUUCUCCCUACCCUCGAAAGCCAUUCUUUAUACCAGUCAGAGGAGCAUCACACAGCCCUUCAGUUCAUAAGGACCAUGGGAACACCAGAAGAGGCCUGGUGUGAGGUACUCUCUAUCCUUCAAUGACCUUCUCCAUCGUACAGACUCUAGAGGAGUACCAUGAGAGGAGAGGGGGUUGGUCGGGGACCCUCUACCCCCUAAUGGACUUAAGCCCUAUUCGCACUGGACUAGUAUUACUAUAGAACGUCAGUUAUGUAAUUAUUACCCUAGAAUGUCUGUUUUUCCAGUGGAUGAUUCAGACAGGAUUAGUUUUACCAUCUGCCCCCUGUAUUUUUUUCCCUUAUUCAUAUGAUGGAAGCCUGGAGGCUGUUCUAGGCAUGAAGAUAUUUAAACUCGUCUAAGGAUGGGUCUCUUCAGGGUAUCUGGCCACCCUCAGUUCGAAAGUCAAAAUAAUAUCAAUAAGAACCAUGAAAUGUGUACAGAUAUCUAAUUAACUAACAUAUUUGACAAUUUAUUAUUGAAUGGGCACAAUAUCAUCUGGGCAUAGGGAAAGUUGAUAUAUGACAAAACAGGUCAUUCAUUUGUAGGCUACGUGCAUAGCACUUUGUUUAAAGCAUCAAUUUGUUCCCAUGUUCUUCCCAAACUGCGUGCAGUACCUAUUAAACUCUGUAAUAUCCCUUAAAACACAGGGAUAUCGAUUCACACGGGAUAAGUAGAUUUUUGGGGUUGGAAUAAUAACCUCCCCACCAAGUAAAAAUGACUGGCAUGGCAGAUUCGGAUGGGACUAAAUUUAUGUUGUUUUGUACUCGUGCAUUUAAUUACAUUACCCUAUCUCCCCCAAUGAAACGAAUCCUGUCUGAAUAGGGCUUUAGACCUUCACCACACAGACCUUCACCACACAGACCUUCACCACACAUACCUUCACCAUCAUCCAGGGAAGUGGAGUUUGCCUGGGCCAGGUACCAGCCAGAGGAGCAUCACACAGACCUCCAGCACAUGAUGACCAUGGAGAGAGGUUGAGUUGGGUAUUCUCUAAACCUAAUAGACCUUCUUCAUGUAAGGUUGGAGGUGGCACAGGUACUCUCUAAUCAAGACAUUCAUCCAAGGCCGCAGAGUUGGGUUGGACAGGUACCCUGUAAGCCAAAAAGAGACCUUCUGCGUGCAAAGAUCUGCAGUGGGGUUGGCCAGGUACUCUCUACUCCUGACACAAACCUCCAUCGUGUAAAGAACCGGAAUGGGUGGGCAGAUACCCUGUAAGAAACCUUGAAAGAGACCCUCAACAUUUGAGGGACAGGACUAGGGUGGCCAGAUACCCUGAAAUAAACAUUAAAAAAGACUUUAAACAUUUAAGGGACAGGACUGGGGUGGCCAGAUAACCUGAAAGAGAUUUUAAAAGAGACCCUCAACGUUUAAGGGACAGGACUGGGGUGGCCAGAUAACCUGAAAUAAACAUUAAAAAAGUCUUUAAACAUUUAAGGGACAGGACUGGGGUGGCCAGAUAACCCGAAAAGAUCUUAAAAGAGACCAUCAACGUUUAAGGGACAGGACUGGGGUGGCCAGAUAACCUGAAAUAAACAUUAAAAAAGUCUUUAAACAUUUAAGGGACAGGACUGGGGUGGCCAGAUAACCUGAAAGAGAUCUUAAAAGAGACCCUCAACGUUUAAGGGACAGGACUGGGGUGACCAGAUAUCUUAAGAUACUUACAUCAUGCAAAGCCCCACAGAAGGUGGUCCAGGAUGUACCCUCUACCCCUCACAUAGAUCACCAUGUAACACCCAAAGGAGGAAUCCAUUACGUAACUCUCCACUCCACAGAAUACUGAAGCCCUAGAAGUGGGUUAUCUUAACAUGGUCAUUUCGGGGGUGAACUUGUGUCUCUAUCUCCAUGGCACACCCUUUCACGACCAUCCACUAGUGAUUUCACUAUAUCCAUCGUGUCCCUCUAGAAUAGAUUAUCACCCCCCCCCCCCACACACACACUUAAUGAAGCUCCUAAUGUAGUCACACUCUCCUGCACUUUACCCGAAAUCCCUCUAAAAUGUAAAUUGUAUGUGGAUGAUAUUUAUUUUGCCCUUGGGUUCUGUGAAGUUAUGGUAUACCUUUGUAGCACAGAUAUACAUUUCAGGUUUUAUUUCAGUUCUACAGAAUAUACAGCUGUGGAUCAGGUUGUCAGUCAGUGUGUACCACAACUCAAAUGAUUUAUUCUUUACCUGUAUGUCUUUUUUUCAGGAAAAGACAUACAGGCACAACCUUUCCCCUCCUGCCUCUUCCCCAGCAAAAAUGUUGUAUUGGAUUCUUAUUAUGUUUUCUAACACUUGAUAUACAAUUUGUUUCUACACACAGCUCUGUGACUCUGAAUAUUUCUCAGGUCUAGGUAGAGAGAAGAGCUUUUUAGCAGAGCUUGUUCACAACAAGCUGACCUUUCAGUCACCACAAUAACAAAAUGGGAAAUAGAAACAGAAUGAAGUUUCACAAACCUAUUAUCUUGGUGACCUUACUGCUCAGUCAAGGAUAUUGCAUUGUUAUUGAUCUCUACACAGAGAGAUGUUAGAUUAUAUUGCCUAUAUCGUCAGACCAUGGAGGGGAUAUUAAAGACUUUAUUGUUUAUUG